AUGUAUGUUUCAUCUACCCAGACACCUUUCAAACUGACAACAGACCCUCUAUACUCACAGGCACCACGCUUCACUGUGGCCUCGAGUCCCGACACCCGACACCAUGUUGCCUGGCAACAUACGUUACAACCUACGAUCGAAUCCACACAGCAAUAUACACAAAAAGUCACGACGUUCUCGUCGUUCGAAAGACUGGAGUCCCCUAGCGAGUACUACAAAUUUGAGCGAACGGAAUGA